CUAACCAUCGGGCCCCGUGCCAGUACCUACAGCCAUCAUCGGAGGCCAACACUACCUCCAACACCUCCUCUGGCACCUCAAAAAAUCCUCCCAAGACAGCGGGAUAUCCUCAAGAUCCUUCCUCAUGUCUCUAGGAGUGAAGGAUAAUCACGAGAAGACUAGGAUAUCAGGACGUCUUUUGCAACUCCUCUAAAACUACCGGCAUAUCUCCACCUACCACCACCACCACCACCACCACCACCACUACAACAACUACCACCGGCCAUAAUUGUGGUAGGACAGCGCUGAAGGACCCCUCAAUCAUCGUAGCGAAGGAUCCGGGAACUCCUUGGUGUAGGAUUCUUGAAGGAGUUAUUCUCUUACUGUAAGAUUCUCGAAAGAUAUCCUACACUCACCUCUGAUAUAGGACUCCGGUGUUCUAGGAUGCUGGUAACGAAGGAAGGAGUCAUAGGAUUGCCCAGGAGGUGAAGGAAAGUGAACUGAAGAACCAUGGUAGUGUAGGACUCUGGCGGUGUUGAAAAAUAUUAUAUUAAAGGAAUCCUGCAUUUGAGAUCCCCGCUUUGAAGUAAUCCCACGCUAAAGAAAUCCCUCCCUGAAGAAAUCCUGCGUUGAAAAAUAUAAAAAUCCCUCAUCGAAUAAUCCUGCGUUGUAAGACCUCGGUGUGUGAAGGACUUUAAACGACGCUAAACCAAACCGAUAAACGCGAUAAAACAGUGGCGUUGAGGCGUUGUGGUUUAGGAUAACUUUAUAAACCAUCAACGUCACUUAAACCCGCGCCCUGACGUGUCGUGUGGUGGUGGGCGUGGAGUGGGCGUGGUGGACAAAACUAAAAGAAUAAUCAGUUUCCCGGGGAUGUAAGAUCAUCAAUAUGUCCUCCUUUUGGAGCAGCGUAACAGGGAGGGGGUCAGGAGACAAGCCCCCCUCAGGUCAAUCUCGCUCUGUGUCUCGUGGCAAAGAGAACGAACCUCGAGGACGACCGACGACUCGAGAACGACCCGAAGACGAGGACGUGUCGUUGGAGGAUGACCUCGACGAGAGCACCUCCACCAGGGGAGAGGCCAAACCCGAGGCCGAGGAGGGAAAGGAUGGAUGUCUGAACGUGUCCAAGUUGGCUGGACAGGUAUGGGGUCGCGGUGGUGGCGGCAUGAUGCGGGUUGGAAUCCUGCCAGCCUUCACACGGUCCGGUAAGACAGGUUCUCUGCCUCACCGCGCCCGCCGUCCAUCAUCUUCCGAGGACGCUUCACAGGCCGCCCCGACGCCGCCCCCAACUCCGAACAUCGACGAGCGCCCGCCCGUGCCCGACUCCCCGAAGCCCAAGGUGAAGGGUGUGGGGAAGAAGCGGGCGGCCUCAGCAUCGCCAGCUCGGGAUAAGAGGAGAUCUUUUAGGGGAAUAUCCCGUGAUCGGUUCCCGCAGCUUCCUUCAAUGCCGCAUCUGCCAUCUAUGCCGUCUAUGCCGCAUAUGCCGUCUCUGCCGCAUAUGCCGUCUAUGCCGCAGAUGCCGUCUAUGCCACAUCUGCCACCUAUGCCUAAGGCCCCGUCGUUGCCGCCACAGCUGCGGAAAAUGUUGAGUCGCGGCGACAGGGGGAAGAAAGGGCAGGACAACCCCAGUAAGCCAAGUCGUCGCCAGGGCCCCGUAGGUCGUACCUGGGUCAAGGUCUACGAUGACAUCACCUUCAUGGAUGACGAGAAGGAGGAGGAGCUGUACCCCGUCCUGGCCUACACCGGGAGGCCCAAGUCAAUCCCCGAGGCUCAGCCCUUACCCACCCCCCCGACCCCACCCCCACCCAGGACCCACCAGCGUCGGCCCUCUGCCGAGAGUGAUUACGAUAAUUUCCCCCAACCUGAACCCACACACGAAGUCUCUGAAGAUGAUGUCAUCCCCCAGCCGGAAGUGACGGCCCCGGUUGAUGUCCCUGAAGAGGAUCACUCUGGACACGGGCGUGGGAGGGAGAGGUUUAGAGGGCGGCGGCAGAAGCGCACAGGGACGCCCGUGGCUGUUGGACGGUCUAGUCAACAACAGGUGGACGUCCCGGAUGAUAUGGACUUGGCCCGCCUGGCAGCCCUGGAGAGUGAGAUCAUCGUAGCCACCGAGGAGGAGGAGGACUACAUCAUCCCUCAGGCCCUCCAGCCUCCACGACCUCCACGAGGCAACAAGGUGUAUGACAACAUUGAGGUUAAGACCUCAGACGCCGACGUGCAGCAGCAGGACCUUCAGGAGGCCUCACCACAGGUGCCGUACGAGGAGCCCAUUAAGCCCCGCCGAGGUGUGAAGCUGUACGAGGAGAUACUCAUACGUCGACAGCAGCUGAUUCUUACCUCCCCUGACGCUGACCAGGAGGACGAACAGCAGCAGCAGGCAGAGGAAGCUGUACAGGAGGAGGUACAGCAAGAGGAGGCUGUACAGGUGGAGGUACAGCAACAACACGAGGAAGUUGCUGUCCAGAGUGAGAUUGAAGAGCAAGAAGCAGCUGUUCAACAAGAAGAACCACCUGAAGCUGGAGGUACAGAGAAACAACCAGACGUGGAGGUGGAGGAGCCACCUCGUCCUCGGCGCGGCGUGAAAGUGUAUGAGACCGUGGAGUUGCGUCGUCAGGCCCCGACGGAGUACACCUUCGAGACCAACAUGGAACAAACGGUCUCCGAGGAGUCUUAUCAGGAGGACACCACUCAGGAGGACACCGCCCAGGAGGACACCACUCAAGAGGCCGCCAAAGCACCCGAGGAGGUGGUGGAGCCGGCGCGUCCCUCGAGAGGUAACAAGGUUUAUGCCGCCGUCCUCAUAGAGCGCCACCAGGAGAGUGGUCAGGGUCUUGUGAGUGAUGUCUCCCUCCAGCUCAAGGAUGACUCAGUGAAGCACGACAGUGAGGUGACGGAAGCCGUCACGGCUGAAGCAGAAACAGUGAAGGCUGAAGCAGUAGAGAUGGCGGGUGUAGAAGUAACAAAGGAAGGAGCAGCUGUUGUGGAGGCUGGGGGUGAGGAGACAGUUGUGACGAUCUCAGGGGAGAAGACGGAGGUGGACACCACGCAGGAGACGCCGACGAAGGCUGUAAAGGAAGAUGCUGCGACGGAAAGGACGACAGAAGUGGCCACGACUCAAGUGACAGCUAUGGACGUUGACAGCACGCGAGAGGCACCGACAGAAGGUGGGGAGACAGUGCCGCCCUAUGCUCGGGUCCUGAAGUACAGCGGCAGUAAGGAGCUGCGCCCGCUGGCCAACAGCGAGGAUGACGAGCCUCCCCCUCCCAUCCCCCCCAAGAAAAAGGGCCUGAGGACCAUAUCCCCUAACCUGGUGGACCCCAACGACCCCCCACGACCCCCGCGGCACCUCAAGCCUCCCAGGGCCCGAAAAUCCUUAAUGGUGAACGGGGAAGUGUUAGAACCCCAGCGGCCGGUGAGGGGCACUAAGGUUUACGCCACCGUGGAGGUCGUGACCCCGGCGGCCCCUAAAAGACACUCCAAGGUGGUGCGUAUCGAGGAUGUGGUCUCCAGCUCCCAGGUGAAGGAACGCCUGGCGGACGCCGCCCCCGCCAAGCCCUCCAGAAACGCCUACCAACACCACCGCAGCCACCCGCCUCGACGACGCAAGAAGCACAAACACGGCCGAGACGACGACGAUGGCGAAGAACAGGCGGUGACAGCGACGCUGACGGUGAACGCCUCGCAGCCCUGUGAGGUGACCUUCACCAACGAUUUCGAGAACUACGAGAAUGUCACUCUGAACGAGGGUCGUCCACGACCUAUUGCCCGUUCACGUUCACGCCCCCUCCCCCCACCCCCUCCCCCACCCAAGAAGGGCAAGAUACAACAGCGACACGAGGAGAGAAUGAAACAGGACCAGCAUCAGCAAGUACUCACAGGCCCUGAUGCACCCCGUGAGUCAAGGCAGCAGGGGUACCAACAUGUGGACGGUGUUGGCAGGCGUGAGGUAGCUGAACAACAACAUGAUCAGAUUGGGCACCUUGUUCACCCAGCCAGUCGUCCCUCAACGCUCGCGGGAGCAGGUACUACGAGUGGUAAUCUCGAAUCGGACAUAGACAAUAAUUUGAGAACGAUUGAGUCCUCUUUCGCGGCACUAGACACGGUAUUAAAGUCCUUACAGACCUAUUCGAGGUCCUCCCCCUGUCGUGUAGGAACCAAGGACACCACAGCUCCUCCCACCACUGAUGAAAACUUAAAGCAAAAUCCUCCGCCUCCCGAUACCGUCUCCUCCUCCUCCUUCACUACUACGUCAUCGCCUUCUACAGUAGCGUCAACAGGUAUUCCCACCCUAACCACAGCAUCACCAACAGUCAUCACAGCCACGUCAAGCACCCCAACGGUACAAACAUUAACAGAAACGGCUUCCCCAACCGUUAAAACAGUGAUAACAGUAUUGGAGAAAGGCGAGGGACCAGAGUCGACAGUGAUAGUAGAGAGAGCGAAAACUGAGCCAGAGAAAGUGAGAAUCGUGCCACAGACUGCAGUGAAAUUUGGCGAGGGAGGAAAGACACUGUAUGAAACGGCAGUGACGAUAGGAGACGAGUCGGCUGAGACAGGGAGAGACAGACCUCUAUCGCAGUCGAGUGUGAAGGUCGGUGAAUCCAAAAGUGACGCGGGAGAAGUCAAAAGUGUUGUGAAAGACUCAGAGGAAGUUAAAAGUGCCGUGAAAGUGCCAGAGGAGGUCAAAAGUACUGUGGAAGUGCCAGAGGAAGUCAAAAGUGCGGUGGAAGUGCCAGGGGAAGUCAAAAGUGCAGUGGAAGUGCCAGAGGAAGUCAAAAGUGCGGUGGAAGUGCCAGGGGAAGUCAAAAGUGCUGUGGAAGUGCCAGAGGAGGUCAAAAGUGCAGUGGAAGUGCCAGAGGAAGUCAAAAGUACUGUGGAAGAACCAGAAGUAGUUAAAAGUGCUGUGAAAAGAACAGAAGUCAAAACUGAAUCAGAAAGUGUUGAAGGUAUCGUGAAGCCAAAAUCGAAAGACGAAGAAGCCAAUAAAGAUCCCAUAAAAGUCAAAACGGUUCCCGAGACUGCAUUAAAAUUCCAAGAAGGUAAGGCAUUGUUUGAAACGUCUGUAAGAAUCGGGGAAUCCAAGGACAUUACAAAGGAAGUCAAAAUUGUCUCAGAGACGAGUGUAGAGACAGCUGAAGUCAAAACUGAAUCUGAUGAAGCCAAGGGCAUUCCAGAGACGUCAGUGAAAGUCGAGGAGGAAGUAAAAACUAAACCUCAGACGUCUGUAAAAGUCAAAGAAGUCAAACCCGAGCCUGAGAAAGUAAAAACUUCCCCAGAGAUUUCAUUGAAGUUCGAAGAAGGGAAAACAUUAUAUGAAACUUCUGUAAAAGUCGGGGAAGUCAAAUCGGAGGAGGUGGAAGUCAAACCCUCUAUUCCACAGGGAACAGAUGAUGUGAAGGCUUCUCUAUCACAAGCUGAAGUGAAACAAGAGGAAGUCAAGGCCGAUACAGAGGAAGUCAAGCCUGAAACAGUAGAAGUCAAGCCUGGAACAGUAGAAGUCAAGGCUGAAACAGUAGAAGUCAAGGCUGAAACAGUAGAAGUCAAGACUGAAACAGAGGAAGUCAAGCCUGAAACAGAGGAAGUCAAAGCUGUAACAGAGGAAGUCAAGGCUGAAACAGAGGAAGCCAAGGCUUUAACAGAGGAGAUCAAGAGCCAAUCUACACGACCCAAAACUGUGGAAGUCAAAGUAACUGACCCCGUGGAAGUCAAAACUGUUCCUGAGACAUCAUUGAAAUUCCAAGAAGGGAAGACUCUUUUUGAGACUACAGUUAAAGUUGGAGAAGAAUUCAAAUCUGAUGAAGUCAAAACUGUUCCUAAAAAUACAGAAGAAUUCAAAACCCAGUCAGAAAAGCAAGAGGCUGGUUCAGUAGCCACAGAGGAGCCUGACAAAUCCAAAGACCGGGAGGAAGUCAAAAUUGUCGAUCCUGUUGAACUCAAAACUGUUCCAGAGACAGCAGUUAAAUUCCAGGAAGGAAUAACCGUUUUCGAGACAUCAGUAAAAAUUGAUGAAGCCAAAGACAGCACCGAGGAAUUCAAAGCAACACCAGAAGCAAGCGUGACAAUUGAUGAAUUCAAAGUAAUAUCAACAAAAGCAGAUGUGAGGACUGAUGAAACUGAGUCUGGUGAAGUUAAAGACGUUUCUCAAGAGACUGUGAUAGCUGGGGAAGUCAAGGUAUUGGACCCAGAAGAAGUCAAAACGGUCUUGGUAACAGAUAUUAAAUUUGACGAGGGAAAGACCCUAUUUGAGACUAGUGUAAAAGUUGGGGAAUUCAAACCCGAGGAAGAGUUGGGCCUGGAAGUCAAAAGUGACGCUGGGAAUAAAGAGGAAGUCAAAAGUAUCUUUGAAAGUACUGAGGAAGCCAAGCCUGAGGCAGAAGAAGUUAAAGGUAAAUCUCAGGCAACAGCUAAGGUUGUGGAAUCCCCAAAAGAUCCAGAAAAAGUAAAAACUAUUGAGAAGACUGCAGUGAAAUUUGACGAGGGGAAGACACGAAUUGAAACCUCUGUGAAAAUUGGUGAAGCCAAAGACAGCACCGAGGAAGUCAAAAUUGAAUCUGGAGAAAGCGAAGAUAUCCUCCAGACACCCCUGAAACAAGAGGAAGCCAAAGUAACAGAUCCGGAGAAAAUUCAAACGGUACCGGAGACAUCCUUGAAAUUUGAGGAAGGCAAAACAGUAUUUCAAACGACCGUGAGUGUUGGUGAAGACAAAACCCAGACUGUGGACGCCGACAGUGCACCACAGGCAUCAGGAGAGACAAAAAAAGUCAAAGUUGAAGCUGAGGAAUUCAAGACCCCGAAGCCAAGAGGCAAAACUGUUUACGAGACGUUAUAUCAAGUAGAAGCCAUCAAGGACAAGAAGUCAAAACCACAGGAGGAAUUCACGGAAAGUCACAUAAGUAAGACGAAGAGUUUACCAGGAGCCAAGGAGGGAGAGACGUGUUCUGAAGGGGUCGCUGAAGAAGAGCAGACGACCUUGGGCCUGGAGGCGGGUGUAGCGGACAUAGCCACCCGUCUUGAAGGUAUUCGCUGUACCCUGGAGAGUGUGUUUGUUAAUUUCCCAUCAGCAUUUAGCCUUUCUAGUGACUUGACCCCUUCACCUCCCCCCCUUACGUUUAAAGCCCCGCCCACUGUUUGUUUUGAUUCUGAAGCCCCGCCCACUGUUUGUUUUGAUUCUGAAGCCCCGCCCACUGUUUGUUUUGAUUCUGAAGCCCCGCCCACUGUUUGUUUUGAUUCUGAAGCCCCGCCCACUGUUUGUUUUGAUUCUGAAGCCCUGCCUACUAGUUUAACACCCUCUAACGUGCUCACCCACCCCAUCAGUGACCACGCCCCAGCAUCCGAAGCCACGCCCACCGUAACACAGUCUAACACACCCACUCCGCCCACUAGUAAUCCCUGCACCUCCACCCACCACCACCACCCAUCUACCAGUAUAGAACAGGGACCUCCCGCGGCCGCCCACGAGGGACUACUCAAUCUCCAGGAGAGCUCCGCCGCCCCUACCACCAUCACCAAUCACCACGACGCACCUCACCCGUCCACCACACACCCCAGCGACCUCUGCGAAUCUGAAUGAGGAGAUCCUGAGUGACUUAGAAGAACGCAUCGCAGACUGGGACAGACACAAGAAGAUAUCUGAUGUGAUCGUACGCAAGGGACCGUUCCUUAAACUAUACUCGGCUUAC